AUGGAGACACGCGUCCGAUACUUAGCCCGAAGCCCCAUUUUCGAGAUAGAGAAAGCCUUCAGCACAGAUUACCCCGUCGAUCACGUUGAAGGAGCGCGUCGAACGAAUCAUGAAGCGGACGACCGAAAAGUGACUGUAGCCGCGGUCGAAGAUCCAAGUCACUGGAAGUUAGAUGUGCAUGGAUUCUGUUUCCUGCACGCCGAAACACACCUCGAUCCUAAUGACGUCUACACGAAGAAGAGAGAGGUGCAGGACGCCUUUUGGUAUGAGAUAGAAGCUAUACUACACAAACACUUCCCACAGUACUCGAGGAUCGAAAGUUUCGAUCUAACGGUUAGGAAAAGAGAUCCUGAGUUUCCUGCCAUCGUGAGAGGUUACCGAGACGAAUAUGAACAGCCCUCGAGUACAGCUCACAGUGAUUAUUCCCAAACCGGUGGAUUUCUCACUCUCCAGCACUGCUUCCCUGGCCAGGAUGACUACUGGAAAAAUAAAGAGUUCGACAUGCUCAAUGUAUGGCGACCUCUGAAACCCACCGACGACUGGCCUCUUGCACUCUGCGAUUAUACCACGAUCGACACGGAGGAGGAUAUACGUCUCAACGAUGCGAUAAGACGGGAUCUGAUCGGCGAAGGCCUUCUAUUACACUAUAACGAUGCUCAUAAAUGGUACUAUUUCAAGAAUCAAGGCGUCAACGACCUGAUUGUGUUUCGAAACUCGGAUUCACACGGGAAACGAGCGCACAUUCGGAACGACACCAAGCUUAUACGUGAAGAGUUUUUUGAAGAGCUUGGAAGGGAUCUUUCGUGGCUCAGCCCAAUCGAUGGCUCGAAACACUAUCUGGAAGUGCUGAGAACUCGACACGUGGGCACGGGAACGUGGUUCAUCAACAAAGAAGAGGUUCAGACAUGGCGGAACAACAAGAUGCAGCUUUUAUACUGUCCUGGCAUCCCUGGAGCGGGGAAAACAGUAUUAAGCUCCGUCGUCAUCGAAUGGCUCACAGGAUCAUUUGCAGAUGAGGAUGACAUUGCCAUCACGUAUAUCUUCUUCGACUUCAGACGGCAAUUAAGUGUGUUUGAGAUCUUAGCUGCGAUUUUCCGGCAGCUUUGGCAAGGGGCACCUAAGAAAUCAAAGUAUUGGUCCCAUAAAAUGCCGCCAAGGGAGGAGUUGAUGAAGCUGGAGUGGAUUCAGAAGGAAUUUGAGGCUCGUGUGUCGGAAUUCACGAAAACGUUUAUAAUUCUCGAUGCUUUAGAUGAAUGCUCCGUUACUGGUGGUACUAUGCGACAAUCAUUGGAUUUUCUGUUCAGUCUUCAACGGAAAGCAAACGUCAACAUUCUGGCUACUUCACGGUUCAACGAAGAAACUGCAAACUUGUUUACAAAAACAGGGGUCCUUCUGGAGAUUCAAGCCAGUGAGGAUGACAUUCGAGCCUAUAUUGACCACCGAGCGGCAUACUUCUCGCCUUUUGUGGCUAAAAAGCGCGGCUUGUUGACAUACAUCCAGGAUGAGAUCGUUAAGUCUUCGGGAGGAAUGUUUUUACUUGCCAAAUUGUAUCUCAAUCUGGUACAAGAUGAGAUUAAUGAGAAGCGGAUUCGGAAAGUGAUAGAGCGAUUUCAAAACGGCUCUGCAGCUUACGAUAAAGCUUAUGAUGAGACAAUGAAGAGAAUUGAGCAGCAAGGACAAUAUGCUCAAGAAACUGCCAAAACCAUCUUUGGAUGGGUAUUGCUGUCAACAUGGCCGCUUUCCCUCCCUGAAAUUCAACAUGCUCUUGCUGUUGAAAUCGGCGAAUCCGAAUUCGACGAGACAAACAUAAUCGACAUCGAAGAACUGAUCUCCAUUUGCAUUGGCUUGGUCACGAUCGAUGCGCAGUCCAACUCACUCAAGUUUGUUCAUUACACUACCGCAGAGUACUUUGCGCGAAAUUUAACCCAAUGGUUCCCCGACAUUCAUCGUAUUAUGACAAGCGCUUGCCUUGCAUACAUGUCCCUGGAUGUUUUUGACGAAGGACCUUGUGGGACUGAAGAAUACUUGAAUGAUAGGCUCGACAAAUAUCCGUUCUACAAGUACUCGGCUCAAAAUUGGGGUCAUCAUUACAAAAAGCAUGCUGGGGAAGAAUCCAUGACGAUGGAGUUUUUGGGUGCCGAGAGCAAAAUUCAUGCAAGCUCCCAAGUUAUAUUCGGGUACUCCUUUGACCGAACCACCUCUGUGUACAAGGUCGAACGGAACGCUAGAGGUGUCUCAAAAACGCUACUUACCGCCAUUAAAAUCAAGGAACCACUGCAAGGAGCCCAUCUUGCAGCUUUCUUCGGUCUGACGAAUCCCUUGGAAUCUAUGCUAAACUCGAAUAUGAUCAAAGUUGACAUCGAAGAUCAUGUCGGGCGCACGCCCUUGUCCUGGGCUGUUGCAUACGGACACGAAGAACUUUUCAAUAUGCUUCUCCAGAAUGGUGCUAAUCCGGAUAGCAUGAACCAAUUGGGGUUCACCCCUUUGUUCUACGCAGCUGUCAGCGGCAGAGUGGAGAUGAUGCAAAGACUUAUUGAGGGAGGCGCCCAAGUCGAUACAGUUGACCAAAAUGGCAGAACACCACUUUUCCAUGCUGCCGCUGGUGACUCAUUGCACUUGAUGCCUUUUGCCUUUGAAGGUGACUGCUUAGCCUCUGUCGAACUCUUACUUGCCCAUGGGGCAUCUGCCACUCAAGUCGACAGGUUUGGCCAAACUCCACUUUUUGUUGCAGCAAGCAAUGGACGAGAGUCUGUGGUGAAGCUUCUGAUUGAAAGAAAUGCACAUCUCUACUAUGCUACAUCCCCCACUUCAGGCGAAUCAGACCCUUUGGCAUACGCUGCCAUGAACGGCCACUCCACAACGGCACGGUUGCUUUUCAAUGCAGGAGCCUACUCAGUAUCUGUUCAUGGAGGAACAGGUGCAGCAUCAUACGUGACACUGGCCAAUCUCUUGAAAGCUGGAUCAGAAGGACGCUAUGAUGUUUUCAAAUAUUUGAAAGAAGAAGGAGCUGACCCCAACAUCCGUGAUCCACAUCAACGCCUACCUUUACACUUGGCAGCACUGAAUGGUGACGAAAAUCUUCUCGGAUGUCUCAUAGCGAAUGGUGCAGAUGUCAACGCUAAAGACGCAUUUGGUCGAACACCGAUUUUCUACGCUAUCUUCGGAGACAGCGAAUCUACAGCUUUGCUAUUGCUUGAUUACCCGGGCACGGAUUUCCAAGCAACGGACGUGCCGAGAACAGUGUGGGGACCUCCAUUAAGUUCCUUUAAAGCAUUCGUUGAGUUCUUCGAAACAAAGCUGGGGGCAAAUCUUGAUGCUCAUAUCUUUUGGGGUGCCCUAGCAUGCCUUUUACAGCUUGUCGACAGCUAUCCAAUUGGAUUAGUUGAAGUUCCUCAUCUUGUAAGAUCAUUGGCCCUUAAGGCCAAUAUUUUUAACGACAAGUGCAAUGAUCCCCAGCUUGUUGGCUACCCAGUUAGGGAAACAUGCUUCAAUAUGCAAACAUUGUUCGUCGGUUUCUUCACAGAUUUGAUCAAGUAUAUCUAUACAACUGACGACAAUCUACAACAACCUAUCCGUUCAGAACAUGGCGAGGAUAGCAGAGACUCAUCCAAAUCCAUCAAUCAUUACUAUGAAAUGACCAACAGGGAUAUCGAACAAGCCAUGGCGUGGAUCGAGAAUACGAGUCGAGCCAACCUACCAAUACGCAUCCAGAUUCCGUCAUCCACGAAUGCUAAUGAAGCAGCCUCCACUAGACGCUGCCAGAUGUUACCUCCCACACGCACGGCACGACAUUUUGACAGAGACUCUUAUUUUAAGGAACUCGAUGAGAUUCUGCUUCCAUCGGUCGAGGAAGAGCGGUUAAUAUGCGUGGUUCUUCAUGGUACGGAAGGGAUGGGGAAGAGUGCAAUCGCUUCGACUUACAUCGAAAAAAGGUACAGACAGAACGUCUACGAUGUCGUUUUGUGGAUCUGCGGAGAGAGUCGCACAUCUUUGCGACAGAGCUUCACUGAUCUGGCUAUGGGACUGAGACUCUCAGGAGCAAACCACCAGACUCCCGACGAGAAUUUCAGUCUUCUUCAAGAGUGGUUUCGGACGACAGGCAAGUACUAUUCUUAUUCUAUUCCGCAAGAACUCUUCGAAAAGGGCGUCAAUCGUGAGUCUGCGGAUGGUCUUGAGUUUUGCCUAAACAAACUCAAUUUUCUGCGCGUUGUGACCAAUUUGAUGAGGCCAUAUCUGGUCAAAAAGAAUGAGAAAACACGGGUGCUAUCUAUCCAUAGGGUGAUCCAGACGCAAUUCAAAAGCUCCUUGAGUAAAAAGCAGCGACAACAUAACUUCGAUCGAGCGGUUGAUCUCCUUUCUAAUGUCCUUCCAAAGCAAGACACUCAGAGAGGUCAUUUAUAUGGAGAUUGGGAAAUCUACAAUCAUUAUCUGCAGCACGUUUCCUAUUUGAAAGACUGCUUCGUGGAGGAAAUUAGAGGUUCCAAACCCCUUAAAGCUACGGUAAAAUUUUGCGAACUUCUCAUACAGUGCCAACGAUAUCUCUAUGAGGUUAACGCAUUGCUCGACCUUAAGAGCUUUUGCGAUGUCAGCUUGAGUGCUGUGAGUACCCUGGAAAACGGGCCGGGAAAGGAGGGCUUGGAAGCCGAUAUUAUGUCUUACCAAGCCAACCGAGCGGAAAGCCUGGGUAACGCUGAGGAAGCCAUCAAUUUAAAUGAGAAAAUCUACGUUAUUCGCCAAAAUAUUGGAAAGGAAUUACUUGGUCAUGUGACCAAUAAUAUCGGAUACUGUUACAACAGUACCAAUAAGCACCAGGAAGCUCAAAAAUGGUUGGAAGAAUCGUAUAACUGGUGGACAGUCAAUGAGAAACCAAUUCCCUCUUUUUUACACACAAACAGGGCUAGAUGUAUGGUCUACCUUGGCGACGAUGUUAAGGCAAGAGACUUGCUUGAUACGGCAAUCAAGCAGCUAGAGAAAGAAGAGAAGAAGGACUGGGCUAUGCUUGCCUACGCAUAUUUUGUCCAGGGAACAUUGGAACAACGGCAAAAACACUCUAUAUCUGCCGAAAACUCCUUUCGAAAAGCCGCAAGUUCCUGGAUGAAGAAUGAUAAACGCCUUCAUCCCUUCUAUGGCGGCUGCUCAAAUUUUACAAAAACCAUCCACAGCGACACAUACCCAUUCAUCAAUUCGCGAAUAGAUUCACUCGGUCAUGACGGUCGCGCCGUCUUUAUCACAGGCGGUAACCGCGGUAUUGGGAAAGCCAUUGCCACGUCCUUUGCAAGAGCAGGGGCCUCAUUUAUCGGCCUCGGAUGCCCAGAAAGUUUUGACGCAAAUGUGAAAUCCGAGAUUGAGAGUGCAGCAAAGGAAGCUGGAAGGUCAACCUCUCCAUUUGUGCUUUGUCUAGAGUUGGAUGUAACCAGUAGCAAAUCAGUGGCUGAAGCCGCCGCUCAAGUCCAAAAGGCUUCUCCAAGGGGGCUGGACGUACUAGUGAAUAAUGCUGGAUUCAUGACACCAGCGCGUCCGGUCGUUGAGGCGGACGAGGACGUUUGGUGGAAGACUUUUGAGGUUAAUUUAAAGGGCGUCUUUCUUAUGACCAAGUUUUUCACGCCGCUGUUGACGGCGACAGUGGAUGGGUUGAAAACUAUGGUGAAUAUCAAUUCGGUCGCAGCUCAUAAUCUGCGUCCGGAAGCAAGUGCGUACGGGACUUCGAAGUGGGCGGUUUUGAAAUUUACGGAGUUUAUGCUGGUAGAGCAGGCCAAGGAUGGGCUUUUGGCGUUUUCUGUGCUUCCUGGUGGAGUCAUGACCCAGCUGGCUGAAGCAAUGCCUAAAGAAACACAUGCUGGGUUUACGGACAAGCCUGAACUGGCUGGAGAUACGGUCGUUUUUCUGACUCAGGAGAGGCGCGAGUGGCUUGCUGGAAGGUACCUCAGUUGCACGUGGGACAUGGAAGAGCUACUUGCCAGAAAAGACGAGAUUAUACAAGGUGACAAGCUGAAGGUCCGGCUUGUUUUGUAA